AACAGAUUAGAUCGUACCCGUGUCGAGGAAAGAAAGUCUUUUCCCUAUUCUCCCGCGGCUGGCAGUUUUCGUAUCGGACGCUUUUCUCUUCUCGCUGGCUGGCUAGUGUAUAGCGCAUAGCUUUCUGUGUGUACUGAGUAGCGCAUUUUGUGCUGGCUGAACUUUUGGGUUAAGGCACUUCUAGACGUUGUACUACUUCGGUUAGUGACGGACGCGUGUCUCGAGGAUCGAAUCUCGCGUUUCGUUAGGAUUCUCUCGUAGUGAAAUCCGGAUAUUGAUUACUAAAGGUGAAAUUUCACCUUAUUAAUUGUUGUUGUUUUUUUUUGUUCUUAACAGCAAAGUGUACGUGAACAUAAUAUACAGUCUGCAGUAUAAAUGUAAACCAAGGAGUACCAAUUGGAGAAGAAAGUGAACUUUGGGGGUUUGGAUUUGAUUGAGACUGUCGCGGAAUCAAAACAGUUGUAAUAUGUGCCUCACAAGGGUAUUAGUGUUGCCAGCCACUGGCUUAGUGGGCGCUUAAAGCCGAAGAAAGUUCAAAUCAGUGUUCAGAAUAAUCACGGCAGUGAUCCAAGCGAAAUAGAUCAGCCGGAAAAAAGACCCGAGAGCCCCACGGAUAGGCUCUCUAGCAUGUGAACAGCAAAAGCCUAACAGCAACAGAUCUAAAACAGUUAUAAACGAAUUCUUAUUUUCUGUGUCACUUCUUCAUCUGUGCGUUCGCUGCUACAAGGCGCUCCAUGUUGUGUUCUGCGCGUGGCUGAAGAUCUUACUUGCCCGAUCUCUUCCAAUCAUCCAGCCAUCUCCAUCAAAACGGGCUCCAUCAUCAUCUUCAUCAGCUAGCGAAAGCUUAGGCUAGCCAUAGCUAGAGCACAAAGUUACGGUGUAUUGAGCCAGUGAGCCCCCCAGUGUGAGAAGUAGUGUGUGAACUAGGGAAAGCAUAGACGGGAAAGAAGAGAAUAUAAAAAAAAACCGUAAGAUCAGAGCAGUGUGUAGAAGAAGCAAAAUCGAGAAAAAUUAGGACACCGUCUCGUGUGUUCUCUUCCCGUUUCUAUUUGUGCCGAGCCAAACUACAGCUAUAAACUAGAUAGAGUGCGUUUUACACGGACUGUUCCCUCCCCGAACCAAAUGGCUACCAAUCUUGUGCGUAUCAAGCAGGAGUCAAUCUCCCAGGAGAUGACCCCGGAACUAGCUCAACACAUGACCCAACAGAUGACCCAGCAAAUGACCCAGCAAAUGACUCAGCAAAUGACCCAGCAAAUAUCCCAGCAAAUGUCCCAUCAACUGUCCCAACAGAUGUCCCAGCAACUGUCCCAGCAGUUGUCUCAAAUGAAUCAGCAAGCCCCGGGAGGCGAGCGUCCAAUGUCGCAACAAAUGAUCCCAACCACCCCCAAUGGGAAUCCAAUGAUCAAUAGUGCUCUCGGGGGUGGACCGCCGCCGGGCAUGACCAAUGGAGGGGGAUCCAUGAAUGGGCCCAUGAACGGGCCGGGAGCUCCUCCACCGGCACCGGGUACGCCCGGCAUGAUGAUCCCGAAUGGAAACGGGAAUGGGGGGAACCAGAUGGGACCCUCGGCACCCAGCACGCCCACCAGCUGCCAGUCGAUCCGGUAUUGCUGGGAAGCGGAUAAAGUGAAAACUCUGAUCCGGCUACGGGCUGAACUAUCGCCCCUCUUCACCGGCAAGCGGAACGCAUCGAAAUACGCGUGGGCAGUUGUGGAACGAGAGCUCAGUGUGCCUUUACCGAUUUCAAAAAUAAUCAAAAAAUGGAAUAAUUUGCUGCAGGAAUACAAGGCCAUCAAAAUGUCCGAGGAGCCCAAACGCCGUGAGUGGCCGUUUUUCACAAUGAUGGAUCUGUACUUCAGUGACCAGGUUAACGAUCCGACCCUGCGGUUAUUCUCAUCGACGAAGCGGUUCGACUCGGACACCCUGGACGAUGCCCAGUUCGAUGAGGAGAUCAUGAACACGACGGCGGCCGUUGCGAUUGCUGCUGCGGCUGCUGCCUCGGCCGCAGCUGCCAAUGCCGCCAGUCAGCACAAGAUCAAGACGGAACUGAUUCACGGCCACAGCGGCGGAAGUAUGCUGGAUAUUUCGGAAAUCAUCGAAGACCACAUAGGCUCCGGAGACUCCAAGUUGGAUCAGUUCAAGCGGGAAAUCGUCCUGAGUCAGUUCGCCCACGUUUCGGAACGGAACAAUUCCGUGCGGAAGGAGAAACUCACAAACGGAACCAACGGAAAUGGGAAUACAAACCCGACGACGACGAUAGACAGCAACGGAGUUCCGUGCUACAGGGAAAAGGAGAAGCAGCUGAUCGAAAGCCUAACGCACAGCCCGCAGAGUGCCAGCAGCAGUAAUUGCAGUCCGGACACCAGCAGCCUGAACAGCAGUCCUAGCAGUCACGUCAGCUCCAAUGGGCCAAAGAUGACCAACGGUCCCACGAACAAUGCCAGCUUCAAUGCCCUGCUAGCAGCGGCCAGUAGCCAUAGCGGAAGUCUGCACAGCAAUGGCAGCGCGCUCAGCAGCACCGAUCGGGACACCGACUACGACGAUUAUCCGAACGACAAGGAAACCGUCUCCUUCGAGGGCCCGAACGGAAACCUGAAGACGCUCAACCAGAAGCUGCUGAACCAGAUGAACGAGCAUCACAACAUUGAUCAGUACCUGCUAUCCUGGCGCGGAUUCCACGGAAACAUGUGCAAGGGCUUCCACAGCCUGCAGCGAGAUGGCCAAAUGGUGGACGUAACUAUUGCGGCCGGUGGCAAAAUUUUCAAAGCGCACAAGCUGGUCCUUUCGGUGUGCAGCCCCUACUUCCAGAAGAUCUUCAUCGAACAUCCUUCUCAGCAUCCAAUCCUGAUGAUGACCGACGUCAGUCCGCAGCACAUGGCGGGCCUGCUCGAUUUCAUGUACAGUGGACAGGUUAAUGUGAAAUACGAGGACCUGCCGAAUUUCUUGAAGGUCGCGGAAACGCUCCAGGUCAAAGGUUUGCAUGGAGAGAGCACAAACGAGAACGAAGAGCGCGACUACCAGCAACAGCAGCAGCAGCACGCAAUACGUCUCCAGGAACAGCAUCGCUUGUAUCAACAGCAGCAGCAGCAGGCGUUGGCUCAGCACCACCAUAACAUGGCACAACAACGGCAACAACUGAUCCAGGCAGCCCAACAACAAGCACAAGCCGUAGCGCAGCAACAACAGGCAGCACAGCAAGCAGCUGCAGCAGUACAGAAGCAGCAACAGCUUGCCCAACGGAACAGCUUCAAGGAGCUCAUGAAGGCCAAACACGCAGCUGCAGCAGCCAAACUCAACGAAGAUUACCUGAACAACAACUCAAACAACAUCGCCAACAAUAACAUUCAAAAUCAGAACAACAACGCUAAUACCGCUAUGGAAAACAACAACAAUCAUAUGAAUCAGUUUGGCAUGCACCCGGUGAAUCCGUCGAAGAAAAUGCUCGAUAACCAAAAGUAUCAGAAGUACUAUUCGAAACGGAAACUGGUGCAGCAAUACGAGAAUGAAAUGCGAGCGGAAAAACGGAAACUAGGCAUCGAAGACGUCAUACAGGCAGCGGCGGCAGCGAAGGCACUCAAUCUACGGCUCACCAACGGCAUGAUGGAAGCACCGAAAUCGGUUAGCGUAUUGAAGCCACCCAACGCACCUCAUACACCGAAUCAGAUGCAACAAAGCCAAACGAAUGGAUCAACCCAGCCAACCACUCCUCCAAACCAGCAGCAAAUGGAACCCGCGAUGACUAACGGCAGCUCAAACGGAUCGGAAGAAGACAAACAUGAUAUGAGCCCUCCCCUAAUACGCAUCAAAUCCGAGCCACGCUUCGACGAGGACGAAGACAUGGAGAUAGACCAGGAACAAAACGGACUUACCAAUGGAACCAACAACGAAAGCAACGGAAACCUAAACAACAACCACGAGGAAGACUACUACAGCCAACAGCAGCGGGAAUCGGUCAUCGGUGGGGGCGGUGCAGGGAAGACUCUCAUCAAACAUUCCAUUCUGGAGCCAAAUAUAGUAUUAAAACAGCAACCGGACCAUAUUCACAGCCCAAUUCCCGGCAGUCCGCAGCAGCAACCGCAGAUAACAACGACAACGGCGACCAAUCCGACGGCCGGUUCCUUGAAUUUGUGUAAAAACCUUAGUUAGGAUUCCGCUAGCGAUGUUUAUGCCGGCACCCGCCGACAGAUGACAUCCGUUUGGCGCAAAUGGGAAUGAGCGAUUGAGUGUUCGAGUGACUGAGUGUACUAGACGCAUGAGUGCAAAUAUUUAUGUAAUUAUUUAUUCAUCCCUCGGGCAGGUGUUGUUUUAUAUUUAGUUGGUGAGAACUGCUAGAUUAGAUUCGCACAGGUUUUGUACAUAUGGAAAGAAGAAGGAAAAUAAGUAGCAUUCUCAUUCUCUCAGUUAUAAUCGUCGUUUAAUUUAUUUAUCAGCUAGCCCUAGGUUAAGGAUCGUUGAGUAAGCGGAACCCGUUGCGCAAUGGUUGACCCUGGAAGGGUCCCUGAAAGGCAAUGAAACAAUCUUUCGGUUGCUAACUCAAGCAUCUAGAUAGCAAUAAGGUUUAUUUAUUCAGCUUCGAAGCUAAUCGGAGAUCACGCACCCGAUCUAAAUAGAAACUACUCAUCGUUGUUGAUUAUUAUUUUAAGUUGCCCCUUCACCUCACACAUGUUUUCCAUUUAUCGUCUGGGACGGAUGAAAACGGAUUUAGCGUGUAAGCGUUCGCCUGUAAAUGAGUGCGUUAUUUCUUUUUUUUUGUUUUCGUGUGCCUGCAUGCGUGUGUACCUUAGCGUGUUUAUCAAACAGAUAGCUUAGGAGUAGUCCCGAGGGACCCGAAAUUGAUCUUCAGAUAGUGGUUGAUUUGAACUAUUGUUUUUGUGUUUCACCAGCACCGCCCCAGGUACGGACCUGAUUCGAAUUGUGAUCUGUUCUCAAAUUGUUUUUUCGAUGUUAGUAACAGCGAACGCGCGUAGCGACAAUAGCGACCUUAACGAUGCGAGUGACAAAUGUCCGACACAUCUAGCAGUAAGGCAAGGAACGAUUCAAAGAACUCAGGUCGUUAGAUUUUGUUUCGCCGUUUCUCGCAUAGGAUGUUGAUUAGCAAUGUUCAUAUUAGCGAACGAAUAGAUGUUAUAGUUAUAUUUUGUUGGUUAUUGAAGUUUUUAUUUAGCUCAAUUGUUUGAUCAGGACGAAGCUUUUUGUCAAAUGAUUUUAUCCUACUUCAAAUACUAACGAGAAAAUACUAAAACCUAAUCGAAGUAACCCACUAGAAUUCCAUCCAGUAAUCGUUCGGCGGGUUAGCUUCGGAUAAAUUCAUCAAAGCCUGCUUGGCAAAAGCGCGAAAAAAACACAAAUGUAAACAACUCAAAUUUCACCGUCAGUUAUUACUUCGCGAGCAGUAUGAUCCCGCCAGUAAGGGCAAAAAACAGCAGCUGCCGGCUGAAUUUAAUGUUUUACUGCCUAGAAAACUGAAAUGGAAACGGAACUCAGACAAAGCAAAACUCCGGUGGCAUCUAUUGUGCAAUUAACCCAACUAAAUGUUGUUGUGAGAAAACAAAAAUACAAAUAACAGAAAUACAUCCUAGCCUAAAUUAUUAUAAAAGAUAUCCAGAUAUGAGGGAAAGGAGAUAAAUUUAGUACACAGACAGACGAUAAUUCGGUGUUUAUCUGCUAGCAACAUUUUAGAGAACCCGCGAUACUGAAUUACAAAAAUUUGUACGAAAAUCCAUUAAAAUUGUUUGUUCAGAGAUCAUUUCGUAAGAGAUUGUUUGAUCCAUGUGCGAAGAAGUUUCAUUAGGCUACCUUUACAUAGGUUGUAUUUUCUUAGGUAAUCCUUAUUUCGGGUAUUAAUAUUUACUGGGGUAUGCAAUACCUCGAGCUUUAACUAUGUUUUACGACAGCUCUCGGUCGCACUUUUCCGGUAUCUAUCAAGUGGGUUCUGUUGGUUUUUUGUUUUGUUUUUAAUUGUUCACUUUUAAAGUUUUCCACACUUUUCUGUAGUGUAGUACAGCAGAAGCUCCUAGCUAAUUGAGAAGUUUCCAUUUUCGUUGAAAAUAUAUUAGCACAAAAUUAACUAAAUAAAUCGCUGACUAGUUAAACAAGAAAGGAUUCAUAUACCUUAUAGCGAAAUGAGUGUAAUUUAAACGUUGCUUAGUGUAAGUGAGAUAUAGGUAUCUAAGAGACAAUUACACUGGCAAACAUGAAACAAACAAUAUACUUAUACAUGCGUGUUAGAUUUUUAUAGAAGUAUUGAUAUUUACAAGUAAAUUAUGCAACAGAGAGCCAAGAAAGGGCUGAGAACCACACAAUAAACUCGUGGGAGAAAGUUGAGAGCUCUAGAACUUGAUGACGGAGGAAAAGCUGAAGUAAACACUUUACCUGACACAAUUGUAAGACGAAAAAUUGAGACAACUAAAACUAUACUAAGUAUACAAGGAUAAGAGACAAGCAUACAAUAAUUU